CCUGGAUGCUGGGCUGGCUGAUGUGCAAGACAGUGCCCUACAUACAGGGCGUAUCGGUGGCUGCAUCUGUCUAUAGUCUAAUUGCCGUAUCGUUAGAUAGAUUCAUAGCAAUUUGGUGGCCACUUAAACAGAUGACAAAAAGUCGCGCCCGUUUUAUGAUUUUAUGCAUUUGGUUGAUUGCCUUAAGCUCGACAAUACCUUGGGUGCUUUUCUUCGAUCUCGUGCCAGCUGCUGAGUCCUUUCCAGCGGCACCAAAUCUUUAUUUAUGCCAAGAAGUGUGGCCACCUGGUACCAAUGGAAAUUUAUAUUUCCUCUUAGCCCAUUUAGUGGCUUGCUAUCUACUGCCAAUGUCAUUGAUUACGCUGUGCUAUGUGCUAAUCUGGAUUAAGGUAUCCACACGAUCGAUCCCAGGCGAUUCGAAAGAUGCACAAAUGGAUCGCAUGCAGCAGAAGUCGAAGGUUAAGGUGAUCAAAAUGUUGGUGGCGGUUGUUAUACUAUUUGUGUUGUCUUGGCUGCCACUUUAUGUGAUCUUUGCAAGAAUUAAAUUUGGUGGUGAGAUUUCAGUGGAGGAAAGCGAAGUAUUAAAUAAAGUGACACCCUUUGCUCAGUGGCUGGGUUCUUCCAAUUCGUGCAUCAAUCCAAUUUUAUACGCCUUUUUCAACAAGAAGUAUCGUCGUGGUUUUGCAGCUAUUCUACAAUCCAGGUCAUGCUGCGGACGUUUAAGGUAUUAUGACAAUGUUGCAAUUGCUUCUUCUACCACCAGCACACGCAAGUCGUCGCACUAUCAUCACAAUGGCUCUCGCAAAAGUCCCAGCAGCCCCGGUUUGCGUAAAACCAAUGCUGUCUCAUAUAUUUAUGAGCACCAAUCACUUCGACGUCAUCACCACAAUGCUAUGCUAAAACAGGAUAGUAACUUGUCACAGCAGAUGCUUUUGAAACAGGACUCCCAUGGCUCGAGACAAUUUUUGAUCAAGCAAGAGAGCGCCUCAAGUGAUGGCUCGCGUCGUAUGCUUUGUCAGCAGGAUAGUAAUGGUUCGAAAGUUUCCCUAUCGAAGCAGGAUUCGAUUGUAUCAUAUAUGGAGGCAAGACGCAGUGGACAAUUGAAUGGUAGCAUUGAUAAAUCGCAAGAUUUAUUCUCCGUGCAGGACAACAUGUCAAUUGAUUCACGACGCGGCACAAGUUUUAAGUUGGAUUCGGCACAUAAUUGUGGUUCGCCCAGCACAAGCGCUGCCAUGUUGGAAUAUAAGAGACAAAAGUUUGUCAAACAAGACUCGGUGAUUUCAUUUGUCGAUCAAAGACCUGAGCCCAGACGCCACCAGCUGGUAAAACAGGAUUCUGUCAUCUCAUUUGCUGAUCAACGCAGAGGUGUUCUCAAUAAACAGGACUCCAUCAUUGCCUGCCAUAAUCGCACAGGUGACGGUACGGGUCAUCAUGUCUCAAUACUUAAGAAAACUGAAGCUUCACUGGGCAGUGCCCUUGCAUCGCCCAGACGUAAUAUUGACAUAUUUGAGUAAUUGUAUUGCAAAAGCUUAAUAACAAUUAACAAUACAAAUAACAUAAUAACUAUCAAUAACAAAUUUGAAAUACCUUUUAAAUACCAAAGAAAGAGCACAUACGAAAUAAUCAAUAAACAAAUUAACAAAGUAGCCAUUUCAUAAAUGAUUAUUGAUACAGAUUUCUACAAGUAUGUAUAUUUGAUCUCUACUGAGAAAUGAGAUUUAUACUAACUACACUUGAGAAUACUCGUACAUAUAAGUAUGUAUCUCAUAACGAUAACAAAGUCACGCUACACCACACACAAUCAAGUGUAGUAUUUUACAUAUCCUAAACAUACAUAGUAGUAUGAUAGCAAAUGAAGCAAAAGGCAAGCAAAUACUAGUAAUCGGGACGCACAUUUGAUAUUUGUAUAGGUGUUUGUAUGUAGUACUUACAUAUGUAUGUAUGUAUUGAGUAAGGAUAUGGCAUAGCAGUACAUAACUGCCAAAACAUACCUGGGUAUGUGGCGUUUGUAAAUGUAUACGUACAUAUAUAUGUACAUAGGUAUGUAUGUAGGUAUGUGUACAAGUUAGUUUAGCUUAGUUAUGGUGCGAAUAAUCUUAAGUACUGUUUUUUAUUGUGGGCGGGCAUCACAACAAAACUAAUGAUGAUGAUGAUGAGUAAUGAUAUGGGUGAUAUGAAUUUUGUACGAGUUUCAUAUGAUAGUUUCGGAUAUACUUACACACACACACACACACACACACACACACACAUUCAUAUGUAAUAUUUUAAUGCUAUACUAUAGACGCAGACUUACUAAGUAAUAUAUAAAAAGUUUGAUAAUGAUAAUUACAAAAUAUGCAGAAAAUUAAAAUUUGUAUUUUUAUGAGUAUUUUACUGAGUAAAGGGUAUUGAACGAAUUUCGAAGAGUAUAAAAGCAGAAACACUUGAAAAACAAUCAAAAGUGAGUGGUAAGAAGUGAGAAAACUCACACAAAUAUUAAGACGCAUGCUAGUAUAUAUGUAUGUAUGUUUGUAUAUACAUAUGGCUCGAAAAUUAGAUACAUGACUUAUUUACGAAAUGUUACAAUUUAUUUUUUCUUUUAUAAAUUUAAAUUUUCUAACGAAAACCAUAUAGAUCAAAUUUUAACAACUUGUACAAGAUCUAUAAAAAA